AUGUGUCCAAUAUUUCUUAUAAUUGAAGUUGCUAUAGCAUGUGCCUAUAUUAUGUUAGAUAAACAAGAUCCAAUUGAUUCAGCAACAAAUCUUAUUCGUGGUUAUAAUCAACUAAACAAAUUUGAAGAUAUUGAAAUUGAUUUAAUUUAUCAUUCUAUUUGUGUUCGACUUGCAAUGAGUGUAACUAUAUAAGCUCCAGCAAGUACAGAAAUUCGAUGUUAUCCACUUCGCAUUGGUCCUGGUGUUGAAUUACUCUCAACAAUUCAUGAAUUAAUGGAAGAUAUGGGUGUACAAUCAUUAUUUAUUUUAAAUUGUGUUGGAAACUUAGCAGAAUGUUCAUUAAAUUCUCAUCAAUUAAAUAGAAAAGAAUAUGAUAUUGUAUCUUUGAGUGGAACAUUUGAUCAAGACUCUCAUCAUAUAAUGGGUUCAUUUGCUGAUCCUGAAACAGGUUCAUUAAUUGGUGGUCGAGUCCGUUCUCUUACUGUUCAUACAACAUGUGAAUUAAUGUUAGCUGAACCACUUGAUUGCACAUUUUUCCGAGAAUUUGAUCCAAGAACUGGAGAAGAUGAAUUGAAUAUUAGACGAAAACUUAUUACUGACUUAUAA